AUGUCAGAGACUUGCCCAGCAUGCGAGUGCAUCUACGUGACCAAACAGAAGCCUGGCAUCAAGACCGGCGCUAUUGACAGCCUCAGCCAGCGACUGAGUGUGCUGGAAAGAAUCCUGCUCGACGAAUCUGGCAGAUGCAGACAAUCUCUCGCUUUCCUAGACACUGACCCGGACCAUCUCCCACCAUUACAGGUCCAGACUCCUAAUCUAGACUCCAUCCAGGACGUUCACCAACAGCACCGGGUCUCUGAGGACGCAGUCACGGUGUCCGACUCGACGGGCUCUCCGCCCCAGGUCAGCAACAGCAGCAGCACCAGCCGGAAGAGGCGACGAACUAAUGAUACACAUGCCGAUCACUGGGAUGAGGAAGACGGACCACCUUUACCGUCUCCACCACACCUCCUGGACGCCAUCAUCGAUGUCCAUUUCCGUACAGUACAUCACUGGGUCCCUAUCCUUCACGAGACUCGGUUCCGGGCCCGGCUACGAGAUGCCAACGAGAGACGCCAGUUGGCAGUGCUUCUCCACUCGCUUGUCGCGGUUGCGAUCAAGUAUAUUGAGUUGGAUAAGGCGGGCCUUGACCGGGAGGGUGCCGAGAGGCAGAUUAGGGAGUCCAGGAAGAUUGUGAUGCUCCAGGCCAUGCAGUCCCUGUCAAUCGAGAACAUGCAGGCAAUGGUCUUUCUCGCCUUUGACUUUAUGGGAUGUGGGCAUCCCUCUAAGGCGUGGCCCAUCAUCGGUUCCCUGACAAGAACGGUCGAGUAUCUGCAGUUGACUGUUGAGCCUCCAGACCUACUCUCGCGAAAGCAGCCACUGCUGCGCCCUCUCACGCUGCUGUCAUGGCCGCGUGACUCGACGGAGGAAGAGGGGCGGAGGAGGCUUUUCUGGAGUGUGUUUCUCCUCGAUAGGGUUUGCUCGGUCACUUCUGGGUGGCGCACAAGCCUGACCUUGGACCGCAUCCAACGACGACUGCCUUGUAGUGGAGCACCAUGGGCGCGCGAGGAAGCAGUCUCGACGCCCUUCUUCGGGAUAUGGAACAAGUCCAUGGCUGAGAUCGGCAAGUCGAUACCCGACGUCCCGACGCUUUAUGAGUCGUCCUCCAAGGUCCAUGAAUACAGCCCUGGCAGUGGCCCUGGCGGUGAAGGCAGUGAUCAAUUGGACACAACAAAUCUUGGAGCGUUUGCGUAUUGCAUAGAGGCCACCGAGAACCUCAAUCAGGUUACGUCCUUCUUCCUGCAGCAUAGCAUUGAUUUUGGGAACAGAGCGCAGGUCAAGAACUGGCUGACAAGGUUCAAAGAACUCGAUCUACGGCUUGUCCAUUGGAAGACAUUUCUCCCCCACCAAUGGAAUGACUCGGAUGUCUCCCGCGACGUGUCGGUUGUCAAGAUGGAUCCGAACCUGACCCUGGCACACCUGACGCAUAAUGCCGCUAUGAUUCUGCUGCACCAGCACAUCGCCUACCCGCCUGCCACCUGGUGUGACGUGGUCAAGCUGCCUAGUGCCUGCAGCGCGGAGACGUGCCAGCUCGCCGCCGUCGAGAUCGCCUCCAUCUCCUCCAAGUACCUGUGCUAUAUGGGAGGCAUUGUCAACAGUCAGUUCGCCUUUUGUGCCUUCGUCGCCGCCCGCGCUCUCCUGGUACAGUGGCUCUCUGUUUCGCGUGGGACGGGAGUCUCUCUGGCGCCUGAGUUCUUUAUUCUUGUGGACAGCUUGAAGGAUAUGUCACGCCGGUGGAGGGGCGCCUACGGGAGAGAUGGGGCCGAAGUCAAGGGUCUCGACGACGACUAUAACAUGGAGCGGCCGGGUGGACCGGAUCUGAUGACCAAGUAUGCCAGACAGCUUCUGUUGAUGCACUCCCAAUAUACGACGGGCCUAGAUGUGGGCGUCUCAGUCGGUAAUUUGCUACUGGAUGCCAGUCUAGAUGGCCUUCUGAAUCGGCAGCAGCAAUUGCCCAGGACGGGUGGUGCUUAUCCCCCCCGCGAGACGGUGUUUCCGCGGACGCCCGGUAUGGGGCCAGGAGGCCCAAUACCCGCGCGUUUUACUCCUCUCAUUCACUCGAACGGCUCUCUACCGCGGCCAUCAGCCCGGCCACAUCCACCGAUCGUGUAUGAUCCCCGCGGUACGCCCGUUCGUCCCGAUGUCGCGAGCCCGCGGCGGCAGCAGCCGCAGCAGCAUGAUGCUACACAGCCGCAGAUGCAUUGCGCCUCCAACAUGGCCAGGGCAGGCGCAUCGAAUAUGAUGGGGGCGAGUCCCUCUUCGUUGGCAGCAGCGGCGGGGCUCUUGAGCUGGGGAAUCGAGAAUAGCGGUAAUGUUGCCGGUGGUGGCGAGGAUGAGGAUGAGCUGACGGCCAUGUCGCAUAUGCUGUUGGGUCAGCAGUUUCUCGAGAUGGACCGUGUGAUCACGCUAAAUGGGACCGACUUUUUUGGAACCGGGUUGUGUCUGGAUGAAUGA